AAGCCGAAGAAGAUCGCGAUCAUCGGGUCUGACGGCAUCUCGAGGAGGUACCUGCUCAAGGGACGGGAGGACCUGCACCUCGACGAGCGGAUGAUGCAGUUCCUCAGCAUCGUCAAUCAUUUCAUGCGACAGGAUCGCGCGUCCCAUGCUCGUUGCCUCCGAGCGCGGCACUACGCCGUCAUCCCCGUCGGGCCCCGGUCGGGCCUCAUCCAGUGGGCGGACGGGACCAUCCCGCUCUUCGGCAUCUACAAGGCCUGGCAGACGCGGCAGAUGGCGCAGGCGGGGGAGAAGAGCGGGAGCUCAGCAAGACCGAGCGACAUGUUCUACGACAAGAUCAUCCCAGCGCUCAAGGAGCAGGGGAUCACGCGGGUAACGUCAAGGAAGGAAUGGCCGCACGAGGUGCUGAAGCAAGUCUUCUCCCUCCUCGUCUCCGAGACCCCCCGCGACCUCAUCUCCCGGGAGAUCUGGUGCUCUUGCCUGUCGCCCUCAGAGCUCUGGAGCAAGACGAACAUGCACGCGAGGAGCAUGGCGGUGAUGAGCAUGGUGGGCUACGUGAUCGGCCUGGGAGAUCGACACCUCGACAACAUCCUGAUGGACUUCGAGUCAGGGGAGGUAGUGCACAUCGAUUGGAAUGUCUGCUUCGAGAAAGGAUCCAAACUGAAGGUUCCCGAGCUCGUCCCCUUCCGCAUGACGCACACACUUCAGUCGGGGAUGGGCUUCACCGGCGUCGAGGGCCCGUUCCGAGUGGCCUGCGAGAAAGCUCUGAGGGUGCUGAGGAGGAACAAAGAGGCGCUGCUGACCCUCCUAGAGGCCUUCGUGUACGAUCCUCUGGUGGACUGGACUGCGCAGAAGCACGGAGAGGAGGCAGAAGCGUCAAAGGCUCUGACGAUGAGGCAGCGCAACGCGCAUGCUGUCUCGGUGCUCAAGAGGGUGAGGCAGAAACUGGACGGACGAGACAAGCAGAACGACGGCAACACCAAGUUGACGGUGCAGGAGCAGGCGAGUGAUGUGCGACGAUGUGUGAAGGUUGUGAAGGUGAAAUGGCAGGUUGAAAUGACCAUCAAAGAAGCAACAAACAUUGACAAGCUCUGCGAGAUGUACGAGGGAUGGACUCCAUGGGUG